AUGGCAGCGGAGGAAUUGUCUAGCAACGUAUCGACGACCUCUUCAGCCCCGGAUGGAAAGGGCGCCAAGAUCCUCGGAUACACCUUGGGCAAGAUCAUCGGGAGAGGAGGGUUCUCGACCGUCAGACAGGCGACGCACGACGAGACGGGCGAACUGUUCUCGUGCAAGAUCGUCAAGAGAGACGAUCUCAGCGAUACAUCGGGGUCGUUGGAGAAUUUCGAACUCGAGCUGGAGCUUUGGAAGAGCCUUCCACGGCAUCCUCGAAUCUUGCCGCUCUUGGAGACUUAUCGGGACCCGGACGGAUACGCCACGUACCUCAUCUCACCUUACAUGGCCGGCGGGUCGUUGUUGGACGUCGUCAGGCGGGACGGAGGGAGCGAGGAGACGGCCCGGAAGUGGUUCCCAGGGGUGGUCGCUGCCGUACAGGCGCUUCAUGAGGGUUAUGAAGGGUUCGAGGAAGGGGGGAUGUUGCAUGGGGACUUGAAGUUGGACAACUUUCUGGUCGGACACGACGGGAGCAUCUGCGUGUGCGACUUUGGGUUGGCACAGAAGCUCGGUCGGGCAGAUGGCGACAAGGCUUUCCCCUCGGCUUCAUUGCCGUACGCUCCUCCAGAGAUAUUGUCGGCCCCUCCUAGUGGACCUUCCUUGGCGCAAGACAUCUGGGCGCUGGGAAUCAUCCUGCACGCCCUGCUCACUUCGCGUCUUCCGUUCGUGGACACGUUUGAUCCUCGGCUCCAGAUGAAGAUCCUGCGUGGCGAUUGGGUGGUCCCG